GGGGGCACCAACGAGUUUUGCCAAAGAAAAGUGGAGGUCCACAGUGGAGAAGACGUACAAAAUGCAUUCUGUUGAACGCUGAACAUCAUGUGAAGGUUCUCUAGGCGGUGUUUCCCAGUGACACUAUCGCGGAAUGCAUAAGGAACAUAACAGAUAACUGUGUCAGGAACAUGGAGGGUACAGGACAGCCUGGAGCUGGAGAUGCCUCUCACAGGCAAUACCCAGUCGCUCCGCUGUAAGCAAUGGCCUGGCAGAACACUUCCCCGUUCAGAUAUGGCUUUGACCUGGGAGGACAUUACCAGGAUCUUCGUCCUCUGGGCACAGGUGCAUCCGGCCUCGUCCUCUCUGCACUAGACAGGCGCAGCGGUCUGCGUGUGGCAGUGAAGAAGCUGGUCGUGCGAGAUGCAGUGAGUGUAAAACACGCUCUGAGGGAGGUGAAGAUCACCCGCCGCCUUCAGCAUGAGAAUGUGGUCAGAGUGUAUGACGUGUUGGGGCCAUCAGGUCACCCCUUACUGCAUGACCUCACCCAUGUGCCAGCAAUAUACAUUGUGCAAGAGUGUAUGGAAACCGACUUGGCCCAGUUACUAGAGCAAGGGCCGCUGCCAUCCGAACACGCCACGCUGCUCUUUUAUCAGCUUCUUCGCGGGAUCAAGUUUAUCCACUCUGCCAAUGUGCUGCACCGUGAUCUGAAGCCAGCGAACAUCUUCAUCAACACUGAGCAACUGCUGCUGAAGAUCGGAGACUUCGGCCUAGCUCGCAUUGUCGACCCACAUUACUCACACAAGGGAUACCUUUCAGAGGGAAUGGUAACUAAAUGGUAUCGUUCUCCACGACUGUUGCUUUCUCCAAAUAACUACACAAAAGCAAUUGACAUGUGGGCUGCAGGCUGCAUUCUGGCUGAGAUGCUCACAGGACGCCUGCUGUUCGCAGGUGCUCAUGAGCUGGAGCAGAUGCAGCUGAUUUUGGAAACUGUACCUGUGACUAGGGAGGAAGACAGACAUGAACUGCUACGAGUCAUGCCCUCUUUUGUUGGCCAAGGCUGGGAGGUCAGGAGGUCACUCAGAGACCUGCUGCCAGAGGUGGAGGAGAAAGGCAUUGAUUUCCUGGAGUGUAUCCUCACUUUUAAUCCUAUGGACCGGCUGACAGCAGAAGCGGCUCUGUCUCAUCUAUACCUGCAGAGAUACUCGUGUCCUCGGGAUGAACCCAUCUCACUGCAGCCAUUCCGCAUAGAGGAUGAGCUAGAGGACAGUCUGGUCACUGAGCAUGCUCAUGCACUCAGCUCACACUGGGACAGGUUUGAUGGGAGUCUUUCAUCAGACAUGUGUUGGCAGCCACAGGAGCAGUGUGGGUGCAUGCAAAGUAUCUCAGACCUUGGAGAGGCAGAAGAGAAUGAGGUUCAAAGAGAUCCACGUGCAAGUGGCUCUGUGUCCAUCAUCGAGGAAGCCCAGGUAGACCCUCGCAAAUACUCCCACAGCAGCUCCGCCGAGCGCUUCCUGGAGCAGUCCCACUCCUCUCUGGACAGGGUCUGCAGUAACUUCACGGAGCUAGACUGUGGUCGUUCUUGCGAUUACAAGGUGGGCUCUCCCUCCUACUUGGAUAAGAUCGCAUGGCGGGAGGGGAAGCCACAGCACUACUCUGAACCGAAGCUAAUACUGGACUUGUCACACUGGAGACAUAACAGCAUGUCGGCUCCAAGACGGGGCAGUAUGGAAAAGCUUGUCACUGAGCCUGCAGAUUUAUUCCAGGAGAUCUCCCGUUGGGUGGAGAGCACACAGUCAGGGCUCUACUCUCCUGGUUCACCUCUUGAACCUCUUACCUCACCAUGUUCUCCUCCUCAACCCCUCUCCCCUACAAUGCUGCCUCAUCCUCACAUGCAAAUCCAAGCACCUUUACUACUGUCCACCCCAGAUCAUCUACAUGAGGACCGCAGAAGUCCUAUCCCUUUCUUUUCCUCUCCUCCAACUCUUUUGCCCUCCUCCCCUUCCUCUCCUCAUCACGGUUCAUCUGAUUGUCCGUCUUCCUCUGUUUGUUGUAAAAAUGAUGAGGAGCCUUCACAGAUGGGCCCCUCUAGAGAGGAACAUGAACAUUUUGACCUGGAUGUGUUCAUCUCUCAAGCUCUUAGACUUUGUAGUCAGAGUGAGGUACUGGGGGAGAACUCUGAUGUUCCCAAACAGAGCAGUAAAAGCCGUGUUCAUAACAUCUCGGACAACAGAGCAUCCAGAACACAAACUCCAACCCCUGAGAUGGUUAAAGCUCAAGGGUGUCAUAACAAGCACUGGUUUUGAAUGCUUCUGCAUCUUUAAGCACAUUUCCACCAUCUGGCUGAACAGUUCCGAGCAUGGGGAGCAACGGUUCCUGUAGCAUUUUCACUCAAACACAGUUCGAAACGGUUACCAAAUUCAAGAGAGAACUGUGCUUGUGGAACGAGUUUAGUGAUGUGGUGACUUGCGAUUGGCCAGUUGCUCAGUCAGUCCAUUCUAAUCCUGAUUUCACAGCAUAAAAAUAUACCAUAAGUGAGCAGACAAGCUAGGAUUGGUGCGGAACGGCAUGUUUCCCAUCAGCCACAUGGUGGAAAAGUAGCUUAUUUAAAGUGGCAUGAAUAAAUGUGACAACUUUUGAGGACCAGAGAGCUUUGAGAAUGUUUUAUCACCCAAAUCUGAAUUCUGUAUUCUAUGGGAAGUCAGUAUAAAUUCCAUAUUUCUGAUGUGUUUACCUCUAGAAUGAGGAUUACCUGGGAAAGACAUCUGAGAUUUCAGAUUUUGAAGCAAAUAAUGUAAUUAAGCGGCUGUUUUAUUGACUGUUUCUAAAAGUAUUUUAUGAAAUUGUUUCUUGUGCAACACCAGAGAGGCUUUGUCUGUUUGGUGGUCAUGUCAGAUGUUUUGUAGUACGUUUAUUCUUUUUAGCACAAACUUUAGUCUGUGUAACUUUUCAAGUAAGAAUUCAUUAAAUAAUUUA